UGUUGGAACACUUAACAGUUUUUAAUAAAAAUGAUUCGCAAUUGUGAUACACUAUCUUUUACAAAUAACUACAGAAAAAGAUAUAUUUCAUGUAAGGGAAGAUGGAAUAAGAAACAUAGAAACAUAUGUCUAAAGUCAAAAGCAGUGACAAAAGUUACAUGUCCUAUUCCACUUCAAGCAUAUAAUUCUAAAAUGAAAUUAUUUCAGUCUAGAUGUAAACUACGGAAAGGAAAUCGUACUACGGCAAAAAUUUCAAAAUAUUCUAUUUUAGAAAGCAAGAAUACAGAGCAGGAUAUGUGUCAUAAAAUUCUAAGUACAGAUAUUGGGCUUACAGGACAUUAUAGAAAUGUUAAUUUAGAUAGUGUUAUUCCUGCUUUGUCACCAAUAAUGACAUUGUUCAAGAAUCGGCAUAAUAAAUAUAAUUAUUUUGAUAAGUUGAAAUGUAUAAUAGAUAAAGAUAGAAAACAAUAUCCACCCUUAAAAUUCAAGCAUCAAAUUCAUGUCCAUUCACUACAAUCUUUCUUUGGUUUGCUGAUAUAUGAAAAUGUUCCUCUUGAAUUAUUUGGCACCUUAAAAAAUCAAAAGGUUAUGAAGAAGACAAUAUCUCGUCUCUUAAAGACGAUUCCAAAUAAAAUAUUAAUAACGAAUGCUUUCAAAAGAACUGCACGAAAAACAGUUGCCACUGGGGCAUCGCUAGUUGUGGAACUAUUUUUCAGGAAGUUGGAUAUUUCCAAAAUUAAUUGGUUACAUUCAGUUGAUGAUGCAACAAUACAAUGGAUAAUUAUACUAAAGCUAUUACAUUGGUUUUUUGCACAAUAUAUCAUAAAAAUUUUACAUAAAUAUGUGGUCUUGAUAGCAAUUAGAAAGCAAUGGGUUUACAUCACAAAAGAUGAUUGGUGCAAUAUGCAAAAUGAAUAUAUAAAGGAAAAAGAGAAAUCUGGUAGUCUUGUGCCAUAUAUGACAUCAAAUAAAAAACGAAUUACUGGAACAUAUAAAUUUAUUCCAGGUUCUUCUGGUUUGAGACCAUUAUAUAUGACAAAGCAUGAUACUAAAGUAAAGUAUGAUGAAAUUGACGUUGUUUUAAGAUUUCUUCAACAAUUAUAUAUCACGUACUUUAAUGAAAAUGGGAUCCCAACUGUAGCAAGCUGCAAACAUGCAAUUUGUAGUUUUUUAACACCAAGAUCUGAGAAUCAUUUAUAUUUUGUUCAAUGUGACAUUAGAGAUGCAUUUGGUUCGAUAUUACAAGAAAAAUUAUAUGAUAUUAUUCAUAUGUAUUGUCGAGAAUUAGAGGGAUACAUUGCUGUACAACUUUGUACUCUAAACAGACCUAAGAAAAAGCGAAAUAAGAUAUACAAAUAUACAGUGCAGAUUAUAUCUAAUCACCUGAAAAAAUUAAUAUCCAAACAUAUAGAUCCAAGCAUAGAAAAACCCAAAUUACUUAAAAAAGUAUGGAUCACUUCUAAGCUGUAUGAAUUAAUAUUUCAACAAAAGAUUAAAUUAAAUGGUCAAAUACGUUCAAUAAAAGCUGGUGUACCACAAGGUUUAUCAGUAUCUUCGAUUUUAUCUGAUAUAUAUUAUCAACACAUGAUUAAAGAAAUAUUCUCUGAAUAUAUGAACAAUGGUCUUUUAGUUAAAUAUGUUGAUGAUAUGUUAUAUUUUACUGCAAAUGAACAUCAUGCAGCAAAGUUUCUGGAAAUAAUUAGGAAUGGCAUACCUGAGUAUGGUGUAAAAUUCAAUCUAGAUAAAACACGAACAAACGUAGGAAUGCCUUAUGCAUCCGCAGAAAUAAAAUUUUUAGGAUGGAAAGUACCAAUGUUUAAUGUCGGAUCCCAUAAAAUGUUAUAAUUGUGUUAUCAGUAUUUAUUCUAAACUUUCCUUAGUUAA